UAAGAUGACAUGACAUCAAGUACAACAUGAGCUCAUCAAAUGUUGUGCACAAGAGACUACUAAGCUAGUAAUUGAGGAACUUGGUGGUCAAAACUUUGCAAUACUUGCUGAUGAGUCUGCUGAUGUGUACCAGAAUGAACAGCUAGCUGUUUGCUUGCGUUACGUUGAUAAGAAAGGAAGGGCAGUUGAAAGAUUUCUUGGUGUUGCCCAUGUUGAAGAUACUAGUGCUAUGACACUUAAGGCUGCAGUGGAGCAUAUGCUUAUGAAGUAUAAUUUGACCUUUGCAAUGGUUCGUGGGCAAGGAUACGAUGGAGCUAGCAAUAUGAAAGGUAAUGCUAAUGGGCUGAAAAAACUUAUUAUGGAUGAGUCUCCAUAUGCCUAUUAUGUUCAUUGCUUUGCUCAUCAGCUGCAAUUAACUCUUGUUGCUGUUGCUAAGGAGAGUGGGGAUUGCACAUGGUUUUUUGGAUAGCUUGUUAUCUUGUUAAAUGUUCUUGGCAAUUCUUGCAAAAAGAUGAGAAUGCUUCGAAUGGCUCAGGCUGAGGAACUAAUUGAUGCAUUAGAGUUGGAGGAAGAAGAAAUCGGAAAGGGUUUGAAUCAAGAAAUGGGUUUGGGAAGGCCGUGUGAUACUCGUUGGGGCUCUCACUACAAAACUGUGAUGCAUGUUAUCUCUAUGUAUCCUGCAAUCAGGCGUGUUUUGGUGAAGAUUGGAAAAGAGUAUACUACAGCGGAGGCUCAAUCAGCUAUGACUAUGUUGACAUCAUUUCGGUCAUUCGAGUUUGUAUUCAUGGCACACUUGAUGCAAGAAAUAUUUGGUUAUACCGAGGACUUGAGUAGGGCCUUGCAAAAGAAAGACCAGGAUAUUGUGAAUGCCAUGGAGCUUGUUGAUCUUACAAAGUUUCAUUUGCAGUGCUUGCGGGAAGAGGAAGGAUGGAAUAAUUUUCUUCAGAGGGUUACUUCUUUUUGUGUGAAGUACAAGAUUAAAGUUGUUGACAUGGAGGGUUCUUAUUAUCCUGUUGGGAGGCCUAAAAGAGGGUUCUAUAAUGGCGCAAUGAACUAUCAUCGCUUCCAUGUUGACAUGUUUGUGAGCGUCAUUGAUAGGCAACUUCGAGAACUGAAUGACAGAUUCGAUGAGCCACUGCUAGUGUUGAAAGAGUAUUUUCCACACUGAAUUAUGUGAAGAACAAGCAAAGGAACAAAAUGGGUGAUGAAUAUUUGAACAAUUGCUUGGUUACAUUUAAUGAGAGGGAAUUCUUUAGUCAAGUGAAAGACGAGGAUAUCAUCAAUCUCUUCCAACAAGGGGAUCGUAGAGUUAUAUUGUAGUAAUUGUUACUAUUUUAUAAUAUUUAUGUUUCGAACUUGUACUUUGGUUAUUAUUAUGGAUUCGAUAAAUGUAAUGGCUGUUAUAACUUUUCAUUCACUAUAUUAUAUACAUUUUGCUUCAA